AUGAAAGUGUGUCGAAUGAAAGUUUUUCAUAUUUUUCUAGUAUUAUUUACUGUCUUAUUGUUUUCUGUUCAUGGGAAACAAAAGGAGGAAUCAAAAAAUGUUGGAGAGUUGUCUCCAUUUGGUGAAUGUUUUGAUGGCUACAUGCCAACUUUCAUUCGCCAUAUUGGAACCCGACAUAUUGAUGGACCUGCGUUUGUAGCAAAGAUUGACAUGGUCACUUGCUCAUCUCACUGCCGUGCCAAUUUUGAUCCAUCUUCCGAGGAAGCAUUUCCGUGUGAAGGUUUCAAUUUUCGUGCUGGAAGAAAUCCAGUCUGCGAGUUUUUCCCUGCUACUGGAAAUAAGGACAAUAUAACAAGAUCCUUGAAAAGCGAAGAAGUUCCAACAUUCUACUUCGAAAAAGUCUGCCUUCAAAUGGCAAAACGAUGUGAAGAGUCUGCUUACAUGUUUGAUACAAAAAAGGGAUAUCGAAUCGAUGAAACGCCAAUUCGGAUAAUCGAUGCAACAGCUGAAGUACAGUGUAUGGAAGAAUGUGUGAAGAUUCAGUGUAUGUCAUUCGGAUUUCAUCAUGAUGCCAAACGUUGUUCAUUCUACAAUUCGACAAGGAGAGAUGCUGUUAUCAUUAGAGAUAUCAAAAUGGAUUACUAUGAGAACAAUUGUGUUCACCCAACAGCCCGCUGCCCUAAUGGAAGAAUCGAGUUUGUCGUAACCCGAAAAGCAGAUGUUCCAUCCUUUGGAAUCUCUUUAGGAGUGAAAAGUAUUCGAAGUUGCAUGCAAGCUUGUGUAAAUGCCGGUCAAUUUUACUGUAGAAGUGUGCAGUUCGAUUCCACUUCGAACGAAUGCUUUGUGUCCGAUGAAACAUCUGACGUGGCAGUUCCUUCUACAUCUCUUGAUAUUCUCGAGCCAUUUUGUGUUCCUAGAAGUGAUGAGAACACUUGCAACCGACCGUAUUCAUUCGAAAAAAUGAUAACUUCUAAACUUGUCAAUUCUAGUAUUAUAAAAGAAAUAACCAAUCAAUCAACGGAAAAAUGUCUGCAAAAAUGCAUAGACAUGGAAAAUUGUAAAUCAGUGAACUACAAUGUGCUUACCAGAUCUUGUCUCUUAUCUUCAACUUCUAAAUCUAUCAGUGCAACUGUCAGUGAUGAGAAUUAUGAUUUUUACGAAAGAUCAUGCCCUUACAUUCCUACAUCACCAACAUCCUCAUCUUCUUUCAUACCACAUCCCCCAACACUUUAUCCCGAAGUUGUCACAAGAUACAAGUUAAUGGAGAGAGGAAGACAGUUGAGCUCAGAAUUUGUCAAUAAAACAAAUGUUGAGAACGUUCAAGAUUGCUGGUCCCUCUGUGUAAACUCUAAAGUUCACUGCGAGCUUAUAUCAUUUUCCACCACGUCCAAUCAAUGUCUCCUUUCCACAUUAAAAUCUUCUGAAACUGCAAGUGAUUCUAAAAAGAUAACAAAGCCAUCUGAAACGUUCGACACAUAUUCAUCAAGUGUAUCAGUUUCAACUACCCACGUUCCUACUUCUAUUCGAUCAACGUCUUCUGCUCGCCCCACAACAUACUCUACAACAGUCAAGUCGUCAACAACUACAGUUUCGACUUCUACAAGACAUGAUGGAAGCUCGAGCAGUGAGUCGCUCGAAGACAUGAAUGAUAUUUUUGAUAUAAAUGAAAACUUCAUGGAUACAACUAUGACGAGUAGUUCCACACGAUCCCGUGCCCACGCUCUCCCAAAUGCCGAGACAAAAUCCUCCAACAAAAGCUCAGAGAGCACAUCUCUGCUCCCGAUCGACCCCGAACUAGUUGGUUUAGAAGACUCGACACCAAUUCAGUUGCCAUUAAACUCUGGAAUUGCUCACGUUGACUUAUCUCGAUUAUCAAUUGCUGCUCAGUGCCUUCCUCAAGGAAUCAAUAUAACUUUUGACUUGACACAAAAUACUAAAUACACAGGUGUGGUUUAUGCAUCAGAAAGAUUUGAUCAAUGUCGAGUGUUUGUCAAAAACUCAUCAGCGUUCUCAAUAUUCAUUCCACGUCCUAAACAUAAUUCUUGGUGUAAUGCCGUCGAACUUAAUAACGAAAUGUCAACAAUUAUAAUUAUGUCAAAUGAUAGAAUAUUGCCACAUGACGUCACCACUAAAGAUGAUCUUUUCUACCAAGUAUCAUGUCAAUACAAUCCAAAUGAUGAUGCAAAAGUGAGCAAAGGAAUUGUCGUGGGAGGUCCAUCACCAGUAAUGAUCACAAAGAAAAGCCACAUCCACGAGAAGAUUUCCCUUGAGAUUACGAAAGACGGUCAAAUGGUAGAAAGUGUUUUUGUCGGAGAGUCGUUACUGGCGACAGUGAAAUCAAAUGUAUCAGCUGAAUUACUUCGAAUUGUUGAUUGUACCGCCCAUCGAGUCGGGGGAACCGGACCUCCUGCAUCUGUGAAUUUAAUUGCUGAUGGAUGUGCUCUUCUUCCAGCAAUCAUGUCUCCAAUGAGGCUGACACCUUCUGGAUGGCAAUCUUCACUUUCAGCGUUCCGAAUUGAUGGAUCUGAACAGAUCGAUGUCGUGUGCAUAAUCUCGAUUUGUGACGAGAAUAAGAAAUGUCCACUGAUGGCAUGUACUUCUCCGGCGAAUAGGGAACGGGAGGUACGCUCAACCUCCGAGGAGAAUUCAAUUAGAGUCGAUCGACGGUUGCUAGUAAAAGGCGAUAAGAACUAUGCGGGAUCGCAAAAGUUCUUUGCACCAAUCUGCAUCGAACCCUUCUUCUACAUUCCUGCCGUUGCAUUUUUCCUUCUCAGUCUUGCCUCAAUUCUCGUGUCCAUUUUCCUAUCGUUUAGAAGAAGGCGUCGGAGGGAUGCUCAAGUUGAAGAGCUAUUAAGCACCCCAAUUCCUCAAGACAUUGGACCAAAAUAUGUCAAAACUAUGUCUAUGUGAACCAGUCAAUGAACCGAAAGACCCAAUACAAUGGAACCAAAAGAAACUAACUAAAGUUAUGUCUAUAUGUAGAUUUUUAUUAAAUAAAAAGUGAACAGUCAUGUUUUGUGUCAUCAUCUUCUUUUCAACUCGUCGGUUUUCUUCAUCCGCCUCCUUGUACGGCAUCAUCCCGAAAAGAAGUUUUUGUUGCGUGUCAAGGCCGUGUCGUCUCGAUCGGUUGCGUGCGCAAUACUGUCCAUCCUAACCUUAUCCGUAUGUUGUAUCUCUCACUCUUCCUCUUCAUCUUUUUCUCUCACUUUUCACCUCCUAGCACACUGAACCAAUUAACUGUCUCUCUCUCACAAAUGUCCGAGUGUAUCAUUCCGGAUAGAGGUAGCCAGCAGCUAUUGCUGGAUCACCAAUGUUUUCUCUUUCGCUUAUUUGCUUAUUUGACUUUUACCUUUUGGAUUCCACCUCGAGAAUGGCCUAGUUAUCUUCUUUUAUCAAGUACAUACACAUCAUUCCUCACAUUCUUAUUUGAAAAUUCAGCCAUCUAUGCGUUUUCUUAUACUUUUCAGAUCCAUUGUUGUUACGUAGAAAUGUAUGCGAACAUUCCAUCCGGUCGAGGCGCCCGAGAGGAGCAUCUUGCUCGAAUUUUUUGUCACGGUAUUUUAAUGUCGUUAUUCAUGUAGUCUUUCCAUUAUAUAUAUUUUUCAAUUUGAAUAAUAAAAAUCACCGUAGAAACAUA